CUCCAUGUCCCCCGUGUCCUCAGCUCCAUGUCCUCAACUCCAUGUCCCCCAUCUCCAUGUCCCCCAUGUCCUCCCCCCGUGUCCUCAGCUCCAUGUCCCCCGUGUCCUCAGCUCCAUGUCCUCAACUCCAUGUCCCCCAUGUCCUCAGCUCCAUGUCCCCCAUGUCCUCCCCCCGUGUCCUCAGCUCCAUGUCCCCCCUCCAUGUCCUCAGCUCCAUGUCCCCCAUGUCUUCAGCUCCAUGUCCCCCGUGUCCUCAGCUCCAUCUCCAUGUCCUCAGCUCCAUGUCCCCCAUGUCUUCAGCUCCAUGUCCCCCGUGUCCUCAGCUCCAUGCCCUGGUGUCCCUGGUGAGCGGCUUCCAGGACCAGCUGAGCGUCCUGGAGACGCAGGCGUCCCAGCUGCAGCUGGUCGGCAGCGACGCGUCCAAGGCGUCCCUCAGCCGGUCCAUGAGCACCGUGUGGCAGCGCUGGACCCGGCUCCGCGGCGUGGCCCGGGACCAGGAGCGGGUCCUGGAGGACACGGCCCGGGACUGGAGGACCUUCAGGGAGAAGGUGCUGAAGGUGCAGGCGGUCUCGGAGGAGCUGCGGACCCGGUUCCCGGACGUGGCGGUGGAGAAGGCGUCCAAGGCGGCGCUGCAGGCGCUGCUGGAGCAGCUGGACCUGCUGGUCCAGGACCUGGAGCGGGAGCUGUCGGCGCUGGCGCUGCUGCGGAGCUACGCCCUGAGCCUGCUGCAGGGGGUGGAGGUCCCGUCCCCCACGGAGCAGCAGGACCCGCCCGGCCUCAGGGACAUCCGGGCCGUCCAGGACCAGAUGGAGAGCCUCCUGACCCAGACCAGGACCAAGCGGAACCAGGCGGCCCAGGAGCUCCGGGACCGGGAGGAGGUGGAGAAGGAGCUGAGUGUGGUGAAGUCCUGGAUCCAGGAGACCCGGGACCUGCUGCUCAACCCCAGCCCGGACAUCCAGGCCGUCCUGCAGGAGCUGGAGGUGGUGCACGCGGACGUGGUCUCGCGCCGGCAGAACGUGGACCGCCUGGCGGAGCAGCAGCAGACCAAGUACCUGGACCUGUUCACCAUCCUGCCCUCCGAGAUCUCCAUGCAGCUGGCCGAGGUGUCCCUGGCCCUGGGCGCCAUCGAGGACCAGGUCCUGUCCAAGGAGAGGGAGACCCAGAGGACCAGGGAGGUCCAGGAGCAUCUGGCGUCCCGGAUGCAGGACCUGUCUGAGAGGCUGAGGACGGCGUCCAGCAGGCUGAAGGACAGGUGUCCUGACGUGGACCAGGCCCGGGACGACGUCAAGACCGUGCUGGAGGACCUGGACGCCUGUGGACGGACGCUGGCGGAGCUGGACGCCGCCGUCCAGGACCUGGGACGCAGGAGCCCCCUGCUGGCCAAGCAGCUCGGCGGCGCCCUCGGCAGGCUGUCGGAGACGCAGCACCAGACGGUCCGGCUGGCCGAGGGACGCCACAACUGGCUCAAGAAGGCCGUCUGCUACCUGGACGAGUACUCCGAGAUGCGGGACUCGCUGGUCCGGUGGACGGAGAAGGCCCGCAGCCUGCUGGGGACGAGCGUCCUCUGGACGUCCUCGCUCCACCUGACGGAGCAGAUCCGCCUGCACCAGGCCGUCCUGCGGGAGUCCCGGGACGUCCCCGGAGACCUGGAGUCCAUGGCCCAGAAGGUGGAGCUGCUGUCCGACGUCCUGCAGGUGGAGCCGCUGAGUCAGCAGCUGGCGGAGCUGAGCCGGCGGUCCGAGGAGCUGCGGGACGGCCUGGGGACACGGCUGCAGGGCCUGCAGGACGCCCACAAGACGAUGGAGGCUCUGGAGGUGGAGGUGAAGGCGCUGCACUCGGCGCUGCAGCAGGUCCGGGACACCCUGACGUCCCCCGAGCUGUCCCAGCAGGGCCUGAAGGAGCAGCUGGUCCAGAGACAGCGCCUGCUGGCGGACAUGGACGUCCUGAAGCAGCAGGUCCAGGCGGUCCAGCGCUGCCAGGCCGUCCUGCAGGUCCCGGAGGACGUCCUGCCCCGGCUGUCCCUCUGCAGGACGGCGCUGCGCCUGCAGCAGGACGCCAGCCAGCUGCAGCACGUGGCCAUCCAGCAGUGCAACAUCCUGCAGGAGGCGCUGGUCCAGUAUGAGCAGUAUGAGCAGGAGGUCCGGGACCUGCAGGGCCGGAUCGAGGAGGCUCACCGGGCCAUCCAGGACCGGCCCGGUCCGUCCAGCAACAUCCAGGAGCUGCAGGCGCAGAUCCUGCACCACGAGGAGCUGGCCCAGAGGAUCAAGGGCUACCAGGACCAGAUGGCGUCUCUGAACUCGAAGCUCCGGAUGCUGGCCGUGACGGCCAAACACGCCGCCCUGCUGCUGACCGUCGGCCGGGUGGAGGCCCUCCCCGAGGACCCGGACCAGGACCAGGACCAGGACCAGGACCAGGACCCGGACCAGGACCAGGACCAGGACCAGUACCCGGACCCGAAACCCC